AAAAACAAAAAAGCUCCCAUAAUCACUUAAACAAGCUUAAGCCACUAAUCUCUCCUAAUUACCAAAAAGAAAAAAUACAUAAUUUUUAGCUUCUUUUCUUCCCCAUUUUUCUCACUGUCACAGAGCACCACUGCAGCACCAAACCAAGCAGCUCAUCUUCCAGUCUUCCACACUUCCUACUCUCUCUCUCCUCGCGCAGGAGCACGCUUAUCGGAAUCGGGGCGCGCGGCGGCGAGAUCCGGGCAGCCGAAGGCGGGGCGCCGGCGGCCGCAGGGCCGCGCGAUCUCGUCGCCGUGGGAGCUGCAUUGCGUUGCCGCCGCCUCGCCAUCUUUCCGGCGUUUCUUGAGCGGCUGUAGGGGGCGGAGAAAGGAGGCUUCUUGGGGGGGCAGGGAUCCACCAGAUCCGACCUUGGCGGCUGCGGCUGCGGCUGCGGCGGUGGCGGUUGCCGCCAUGGAGCCCGACGCGCCGCUCGACUUCGCGCUCUUCCAGCUCUCCCCGCGCCGCUCCCGGUGCGAGCUGGUGGUGUCCGGCAAUGGGCGGACGGAGAAGAUCGCGUCGGGGUCGGUGAAGCCGUUCGUGGCGCACCUGCGCGCGGCGGAGGAGCAGGCGGCGGCGCAGCCGCCGCCGCCGGCCAUCCGACUGCAGCUGGAGCGGCGCGCCGCGUGGUUCAGCAAGGGCACGCUCGAGAGGUUCGUGCGCUUCGUGAGCACUCCGGAGGUGCUGGAGAUGGCUAAUACGUUCGAUGCGGAGAUGUCACAGCUGGAAGGGGCCAGGAAGAUUUAUGCACAGGGAGUUGCAGGAGGUGCUACCUCGGAUGGAGCUGAAUCAGCAGCAGCUGCAGAUAUUACGAAGAAGGAACUUCUUAGAGCGAUCGAUGUUCGUCUAAGUGCUCUUAAACAAGAUCUUGUCACGGCCUGUGCUCGGGCAUCAUCUGCAGGGUUCCACCCUGACAGUGUUUCUGAGCUUGUUCUUUUUGCAGAGCAUUUUGGUGCCAACCGGCUGAGUGAAGCAUGCAACAAAUUCAUGUCACUUUGCCAACGGCGGCCAGACAUCUGUCCUCGUUACUCACUGCCAUCAACUUCCUCGCAGUGGAAGAGCUUUGAUGAUGGAAAUGUUCGUGGCUCCUCCAGUUCAGACAUGUCACUAGAUGAGACACAAACUGAUCAAGGUGCUUCCAACAACAAAUCGAUAACUGGUAGUAGUGUCUCUCAUAUCCACAGAAGCAACAGCCAACACUCGAUAGAUGUUCCACCAGAGCCCAGUGCAGUACAACACCCUAAACCAACCAUACAGCAGACAGUAGAGAAACAAGAAAAGGAAACAGAUGCUCCUCCUGCCUCAGCUGGAGGGGGUUCAAGGCGGUUGAGUGUACAAGACAGGAUAAACAUGUUUGAGAAUAAGCAGAAGGAGCAAACGCCAAGUUCUGGUAAUAAUUCUGCAUGUACCGGUAAGGUUGUUCCAGGGAAAGGUGAGCACCGCAGGGUGCCUUCUGGUGCAUCCAUGGACAAGUUGGUAAGGAGGUGGAGCAAUGUAAGUGAUAUGAGUAUUGAUCUAAGCAACAAUGAUAACAGCAGCUUAACUGAAAAGAGGGACAACGGAACUCCUGGUGGAACCCCAACAUCUGCCACUUUGGAGGCUAAUUCUAAGGCAAGAGCUGACCAGGAUGCUAGUGAGCUGAAGCACGCAGUUACAUCAUGCCAAAAGGAUACCUCUGAUGCCUUACCCAUGGAUUCUUCCGCUACAGAUGUUUUCUCGUCCUCAACUUUGAAUACUACCUCACCAUCACUCUUAUCAGCUAUUGCUUCUUCUCCUCAGAAACAGACCACAUCUUGUGUGGAAGAUGACAUGGUUAUAACCUCUAGCAUUGAUAGUGAGUCGUCCUUCAGAAAGGAGGUGGGGACUAAUCAAGGACAAGGUGACAUGAGGAUGUCAGAUCACACUGUUUUGAGUGUUUCCACUCGAGCCAGGCUAAAAAAAUCUCCAAGGCCCACAUUGCCAGAAAAUAAUGGUACUUUAAGUAGCCCACCGUUGUCAGAGGAGCAUGCACAGAUGAUGGAUGAAGAAACUAUUCCCACUGCUCAUGAUGUAGCCGUUACAAGGGGGCAGGUUGUACAGAAAGAUAAUAGAGGUUCUCGUCUCCGUUCAAAAGAGAUUCAUGCCGAAGCUGAUGUGAUUGGAAGGAAGGACCGUCCCUCUCGAACAAUUGGAAAGACAUCCAGUGUUGAAACCAAAACAAGAACCACUUCAAAUCCACGUCUUAAUUUUAGGGGUCCAUCUGUUAGAGAUGAAGCUGCCUCUACAGAAACUGAAGUUCAUGAUGUUAACUUGCAACGGAAAAGUCUACCACGGAAGGUAGAGGAUGCAGGGAGAAAGGUUGCAGCUAACUCUGAAAUACCACCUCAAUCAGAAUUUUCUGGUCGUCAGGGAACUAAUUUGAGCAGGCAAUCAUCCAAUUCUGAACAGGAGUUGAGUUUACAUGGAGGUAAAGUCAAAUUAAUUAGUGAUGGAAAUGCUGUUCCUUUGGAGCAGACUAGGGUUAUGAGACCGACAAAAGGGAGUCAAGAUCGGCAUGAUGAACUGCAAAAGAAAGCCAAUGAAUUGGAGAAGCUAUUUGCUGCACAGAAGCUAACCUCUUCUCGGAGAGGCAAGUCUACUGAUGUGCAGAUUGAGAACACACCCAAGGUGAGCGAGGUAAAGACUCCACCGGUUCUUCCAGAGAAGGUUUACACAAAACAAAUUGUAAAAGAGAAUAUAACCAACGAGUUUGAUGCCAAUGAGCUUUUGAAGAUGGUGGAUACUGAAGGGUAUAGCAGUUACAUGCCACAAAGCAUUAUUAGCUUAGAAGAGUCAAGAGGAAAAUUCUAUGAUCAAUAUAUGCAGAAGAGGGAUGCAAAACUAAAGGAAGAUUGGAAGCUGCAAAGGGAACAGAAGGAAGCAACAAUAAAGGCGAUGCGUGCCAGCCUAGAACGAAGCAAUGCUGAGAUGCUAGCCAAAUUCUCUUCUUCAACUAUUCCUGAUUCAACAAAUGUUUCUCGUUGUGCUCAUAAGUUUCCUCCUCUGCAAUCAGUUAUAAAAGAUAAGGAUCAGGGAAUAGAUUCCUUCUUGGUAGAAGAAGAAACGAACAGCGACUAUCUAUCUGGCGAUGGUUCAUCCCGGAGUGCUGAUUCCAGAAAGCAUUUUUCAAAUAAAGUUGCCUCCAAUCAAAAGACACCUAUUGUUCCUGUUCAUAAGCAUUCAUCAAGAACUGUAAGGUCUGGAUAUGGGAACCGUAGAAAUCUACUAGACAACCCUCUUGCACAGUCUGUCCCCAAUUUUGCGGAUUUAAGAAAAGAAAAUACAAAGCCCUCAGCUGGUCUUAGCAGAGCAGCUGCAAGGACCCAGCCAAAAGGUUUUUCCCGUAGUAAGAGCAUCAUUGAAGAGAGUAAGAGUAUAUCAAAAGAUCAAUCCAGGAGAUCACAGUCCAUGAGGAAGAACUUGAGUCCUGAAGAAUUAACGGACACUACAUUGGUGAAUGAUGUUAUGUACAAUUGGGCUCCCUCAGGAAUUUCCAAGGAUCAAAUUGAUGGAGCUUUUGCCUAUAGCACCCGUACAGCUGGUGUGGCCAAGUCUUUUCUCAGGAAAGGCAAUGAGACUCAUCCUGCUGUCGGUAUAGCUGGCUUUGCUCCUCCUAUGUUUGCAAACACCUACAAUGACGGAGAGGAUGAUGAUUUUCUAGAUCAGGAAGAAGACUCCCCAGACGAGAUCAAAGAUGAAGAAUAUGAAAGCAUCGAGGAGAAUCUUAGGGAGAGCGAUUUUCCUGCUGAUUCAGAUAGUGAGAAUCCAGGAAGAAGUCAUGAAUUUGGAAAUUCAGAUAACCCAGGAUCAGAAAAUGAUGAUGUUUCUUCUCCAAGUGAAGCACCCAAUCUUGGUGGUACCAAGUUCAAUGCUUUUGCAGGGAACAUGCAUGAUACACCCGGUGAAGUACCAGCACCCUGGACCUCACGCCCACACCUAUUCGCUUAUGCAAAUGAUAACUCAGAUGGUGAUGGUUUUGCUGAUUCACCAAAUGGAAGUACAUCACCAUGGAAUUCUCAUACGCUGGAUCAAAUAACAGAUGCUGAUGUUUCCCGAAUGAGGAAAAAGUGGGGCAGCGCCCAGAUGCCUUUUGUUGGUCCCAACGGAUCUCAACAGCCACGGAAAGAUGUUACAAAAGGAUUUAAGAAGCUAUUGAAAUUUGGGAGGAAGAAUCGAGGUGGUGAUGGUUUAAAUGAUUGGGUAUCUGCUUCAACUGCCUCAGAAUGCGAUGAUGAUAUGGAAGAUGGACGAGAUUUGGCCAUGGGAUCUUCUGAUGAUUUCAGGAAGUCAAGAAUGGGUUAUCCUUCUCCAUAUGAUGGUUUUGUUGAUAAUGAUGUUUUUGCUGAACAAGACCAAUCACUUCGCAGCUCAAUUCCAAAUCCCCCAGCAAAUUUCAGAUUGAGGGAGGAUCAACUCACUGGAAGCUCACUUAAAGCGCCGCGAUCGUUCUUCUCCCUCUCGACAUUCCGGAGCAAGGGAGGUGAUGCAAGGCUCAGGUGACAAUGUGACAUACCCUUGAGCACCAGAGCUGAAGUAUAUAAGAUGUCUCCUGAAAUUAGGCACCGGUAUCAAAUUUUCAUGGAUGGUACGCGGACACUGCUAGCUUUGUCUUAUAUAAAAUACAUAUUCUGUAUCUAUAGUAAUUCAUAUAAGCUGCCAGUUGAGCGUUUCCACUGCUGUUUGAUUAUUCUUUUUUCUCCUACUUGUGUAGAAUUUGGCUCUAGAUUUUUCUUUUUCGCAGUAUUUGAUUUCAAUUGGUCCAGAUACACUGUAUUCUUUUUAGUUGUUUUUGUGAUAUGCUUGUAUCUUCCACCCCCAUUUGUUCAUUCACAUAUAUCACAAAUUCGCGAUAUAUGACAAAUCUUGCCAAUAUGAAUGAGCCUGCAUAUUUCUCAGAGGCAUUCGCAGGCCACUUCUACACUAAAA